AAAACCUAUUUUGCCGGAUAGUCUGCGAUCGAGUCCAACUUGAGUCGACUCGCCUUCUCCUGUCGUAGCGCUAAAAAAAUCUCGAAAAAACAAAAAAUUUUGAAAAGAAGGAUAAGAAAGGAUUCCCGAAGCAGCUUAUUUUGCUUAGAGAUCAAGCGUGAUCGUGUGAAUUCCUCUGCGUCUAGUCCAAACUUAGGGUUUCGAUUCGCUCCCUCCCGAUCGAAACCCUAGCUGAAGCCAAUGGAUCCCUCUUCCAAUCACUUGGAUAUAUUCGACAUCUACAGCCGAUUCUGCGACAUUAAAUCUGGAAUUGCUUGCGCACGCGCGGAAAAAUGUAUGGGACGAGAUGACGAGUCAGAAACAACGAAACUUUCAAGGGAGGCAUUGGCUCAGCUCUUAAAAUUUGUUGAAUCAAGAUUGCCAUCGAGGGAUUCGAUUUUUAAUGAGCUCUUCAAGCUUAUGUCGCGAUUGAACUUGCUGGCAGAUUUUGCAGAGUUUGCAUGCUUCUAUGAAUUUGUUUUCUUCAUCUGCCGUGAAAAUGGACAAAAGAACAUCACUGUAAGCAAGGCUAUUACUGCCUGGAAACUUGUAUUAGCUGGGAGGUUUCGAUUGCUUUACCAGUGGUGCGAAUUUGUUCAGAAAAACCAGCGAUAUAACAUCUCUGAAGAUACUUGGCAGCAAGUUCUAGCAUUUAGCCGCUGCGUACAUGAAACUCUAGAAGGUUAUGAUCCCGCAGGUGCUUGGCCUGUCUUGAUAGAUGAUUUUGUUGAGCAUAUGUACAGGGUAUCGGGAUCCGGCAACAAUACUAACUUCCAUUGUACCUGUGACGAUUCAGAAUCUCGUGAUGACCCUCUCCCCAGAUUGAAGAGCUAUCAUGGUUUGAAGAGGAAGUUUAAUGACGACUUCACAAGGGUUAGUGAGGGACUCUCAGAAACAUGCAUUGAGGACUCGACUCAUGAUCAUUGGUCCGUGAUUUCCAAGAGAAGGCAUAAGGUGAAUUUGUCUUCACCCUUCGAGGAUAGCCCUCCGACUGAUACUCCAGAUGACUUCAUGGAAAAUGUCAGACACAGUAGUCCGCUUGGCACCAAGUCUCCAUGUGCAGUCGAAGGUUGCUUAUCAAAGGGCUUCGCCGGGCUCUUCUCCGGGCGCUCCUAUUUGCCAUAUAACCGGGAAAGAAGAGUUUCCUACACAUGAGAGCUGUUAUUUUAGCUAUAAAGCGGGUUUUGGUAGAUGACAUAGUUUCGAUAUACCGAUUUGCUAUGCUUGGGAUGACCAUUCUUGCGCUCUCAUGCCAAUUACUGCGUUCCCCUCUUUGAAGUACUUGCGCUUGUUACAAUUAAAGAAGUGAUUGAUUCAUGGUUGUUGAUAUGAUUUUGUCAAAUACCAAUAUUGAGUA